AGCCUGCCAGAUUGCAAAACCUGCCUUCAUCCUCUUCCUUGGUUGCUGCUGUUGUGACAGAGACGCAUUGACAAAGCAGAAGGAGAAAAAAUGCCAGCCAUCCUGGUAGCCUCCAAAAUGAAAUCCGGACUACCUAAACCUGUCCAUACUGCUAGUCCCAUUGUUCACAUUCCAGCUGCGAGAACCGUACCACAGCCCUGUUACCUGAAGUUUGGGAAUAAGGUGGAGGUGAACAAGUCAUCCUAUGCCAGCCAGAUCCCCUUCAAAUCCCAGAACGGUCAUGAGAAUGCAGGUGAUGGCUUCCUUCGGAAGAAGAGUAGUUCCAUUGAGAAUGGCUUUGACACACAGAUUUAUACAGAUUGGGCCAAUCAUUAUCUAGCAAAAUCUGGCCAUAAACGUUUGAUAAAAGAUCUGCAGCAAGAUGUGACCGAUGGAGUUUUACUGGCCGAAAUCAUCCAGGUUGUAGCAAAUGAGAAGAUUGAAGACAUCAAUGGCUGUCCAAAGAAUAGAUCUCAAAUGAUUGAAAACAUAGAUGUGUGCCUGAGUUUUCUGGCUGCCAAAGGAAUAAACAUACAGGGACUAUCUGCAGAAGAGAUCAGGAAUGGGAAUUUAAAGGCCAUCCUUGGCCUUUUCUUUAGCCUAUCACGUUAUAAGCAGCAGCAACAGCAGUCCCCAAAGCAACAUUCAGAGCACACUCCAUCCCAGCAACCACCCACCUCAUCCCAGCAAGCAAGCUCUCCGUCCCCCAGCCAGGUGGGACUAUCUGACCAGCAGUUACAACCACAACCACUGGUGCCAGCUUCACCUCAGACUCAGUGCCAACUUCCCCAGCAAGCAGCACAGCUUCAGUUAAAAGCACAACCAGAAAUGCAGUCCAGUGCAUCACCCAGGGACUCAUCUCAAAGCAAAAUCAUCCGAUUCACUCUCGGUCAGAAAAAGAAUUCUAGGCUUCCAGGUCCUACCACGAGGGUUUCAGCUGCAGGCAGCGAAAUAAAAACCCGUGGCCCAGCAAGUGCCAACAAUCGGCGCAGCCAGAGCUUUAACAACUAUGACAAAUCCAAGCCCACAAGUCCACCUUCCCUUCUAGCAACUAACAGUGAGAAAGAACCAGCAGACAGUUUAGAUCCCCAACACACAGGAAUGAGUGAAAAUGCAACCUCUUUGGUUCAAAGCAGCAGUAGCAACAAUGCUGCCAGUUGCAAUAAUUCUUCCGCCAUCCCCCAGCCCAAUUCUGCAGUUAAACCUUGGCGCAGCAAAUCAUUAAGUGCUAAGCACACAACCACAACAUCCACAUUAACUGUAAAGCAGCAGGUUCAGGAAUCUCCCAAACCCAUCCCAGAGAUGGUCAAAACUACUCCCAAUGGUCAGAAAUCAAUGCUGGAGAAGCUGAAACUCUUCAAUACAAAAGGGGGUUCCAAAGCAGUAGGGUCAUCUCUUGAAUGUCCAGGGUCUCAGGACACUAGUUGUGAAAGAUUAGAAGGCCUCUCAAACUUUGAAGAAAGUGAGGAGAUGGAGGCUGCAAAUCGGAACGUAAACACCCCAGGACCCACAUCAAAUAGUCCCAAAAUUGCACUUAAGGGAAUUGCACAACGGACAUUUAGUCGGGCUCUGACCAAUAAAAAGAGUUCCCCAAAGGGCAAUGAAAAAGAAAAAGAGAAACAGAAAGAAAAGGAGAAGGAGAAGGAAAAAGAAAAGGAAAAGGAGAAAGAAAAGGAAAAAAACAAAGAUGUGGCCAAGAGAACUUCCGUGAUAGAAAAAGCUGACAUGAAAGAAGAGCUGAAGGAAGAACAGGUCCCUCCUGCUGUAAACGAAAUGCCAAAAAAAUCCUCCAAGAUUGCAAGCUUUAUCCCAAAAGGAGGAAAGCUCAACAGUGCCAAGAAAGAAGCAGCUGCCCCUUCACAUAGUGGAAUACCAAAACCAGGGAUGAAAAACACCACAGGGAAAUCCUCAAGUGCCCCAAGUUGCUCUGCAAAGGAAGGUGAAAGAAGCCGAAGCGCAAAGCCAGCCUCCAGCCUCUCUCAUCCAAAAGCACAGCUAGAUUGCAAGAAUUCAAGUUCCACGUCAAGUUUAGCCUCCACUGAUGGGAGAGGAAUGGGAGGCUGGUCAGCUUUAAGUUCCAGCAGCAGCAGCCAUGCUGUCAAUGGGCCAAUCAAUAGUACCACCCAGACAACAGGAAGCAAUACUGUGAGUGUUCAGCUACCUCAUCCGCAACAGCAAUACAGCCAUCCAAAUACCGCCACAGUAGCUCCAUUCAUGUACAGAUCCCAGACAGACAAUGAGGGAAACAUAACAGCAGAGUCCAGUACUGGAGGAGGAAGCACAAACAUGGAAUCUGCUCCCUGCACAAAAACUGGACAACCUAUUGUAGAAGAUCUUUCUGCGGAAGAUCCAGAAAUGCGCAGGUUGCGAACUGUCAAGAAUAUAGCUGAUCUUCGGCAAAACUUAGAAGAGACCAUGUCUAGUUUACGAGGAACUCAGGUGUCCCAUAGCACCUUGGAGACCACCUUUGAUACCAAUGUCACCACUGAAAUAAGUGGACGCAGCAUCCUCAGUUUGACUGGUAGGCCAACACCCUUAUCUUGGAGACUUGGGCAGUCCAGUCCCCGCCUCCAGGCAGGUGAUGCUCCAUCAGUGGGUAAUGGGUAUCCUCCAAGAGCCAAUGCUAGCCGAUUCAUCAAUGCAGAACCAGGACGUUACAUGUAUUCAGCACCAUUAAGAAGACAACCAACAUCUCGGGACAAUAAUGUUUGCCAUGUGGAUAUCUCAGACAAAGUAGGUGAUGAAGUAGAUCUUGAAGGAAUCAACAUGGAUGCUACAGGUUAUAUGAGUGAUGGAGAUGUCCUUGGGAAAAACAUAAGGACUGAUGAUAUUACAAGUGGGUACAUGACUGAUGGUGGAUUGAGCCUUUAUACUCGAAGAUUAAACAGACUUCCUGAUGGGAUGGCUGCUGUGAGGGAAACUUUACAACGCAACACCUCACUGGGUCUUGGUGAUGCAGACAGCUGGGAUGACAGCAGUUCUGUCAGCAGUGGUAUCAGUGAUACCAUAGAUAACCUCAGCACUGAUGACAUUAAUACAAGCUCCUCCAUCAGCUCUUAUGCCAAUACCCCUGCAUCCUCACGGAAGAACCUAGAAUCCCAGACCGACACUGAAAAGCAUUUCCAAGUGGAGCGGAAUUCCUUGUGGUCUGGUGAUGAAAUAAAAAAAUCAGAUGGAGGCUCAGACAGCGGUGUAAAAAUGGAGUCUGGAUCUAAAUGGAGAAGGAAUCCCUCUGAUGUGUCUGAUGAAUCCGAUAAAAGCACUUCUGGACGGAAGAACAUUGUCAUUUCACAGACGGGAUCCUGGAGACGGGGCAUGUCAGCUCAAGUUGGUAUUACCACACCGAGGAUGAAAACGGCAGCCACCUCGGGAACUUUGAAGACACCUGGAACAGGGAAAACUGAUGAUGCCAAGGUUUCAGAAAAGGGCAGAAUUUCUCCCAAAUCUGGAAACAUUAAACGUUCCCCUUCAGAUGCUGGGCGAAGCAGUGGGGAUGAAUCAAAAAAGCCUUCCACAAAUAACUGUAGAGCGGCUACGACUAAUACAAACAUGUUUGGAUUUAAAAAGCAGAGUGGGUCAGCUGUAGGUGUGACCAUGAUUACAGCUAGUGGAGCAACUAUUACUAGUAGAGCUGCUACUCUGGGCAAAAUACCCAAGUCAUCUGGACUCAUGGGUAGAUCCACUGGCCGGAAGACUAGUGUUGAUGGGUCACAAAAUCAGGAUGAUGGCUAUUUAGCCAUUUCUACCCGAACCAAUCUUCAGUAUCGGAGUCUACCCCGCCCCAGCAAAUCCAGCAGUAGAAGUGGAGCUGGCAAUAGAUCUAGCACCAGCAGCAUAGACUCCAACAUAAGCAGCAAGUCUGCAGGUUUGCCUGUUCCUAAAAUAAGAGAACCAACAAAAGUUGCUCUUGGGAGCUCUCUGCCAGGCUUAAUAAACCAGACUGAUAAAGAGAAAGGGAUCUCCUCAGAUAAUGAAAGUGUGGUCUCUUGUAACUCUGUUAAAGCAAACCCAUCACCUCAGACAACGUCCAAUGCAUCCCAGAAUACUCACCAGCAAGGAGUAAAGUACCCAGAUGUGGCCUCUCCUACACUGCGAAGACUUUUUGGUGGAAAGCCAAAUAAACAACCUCCCAUAACAACAGCAGAAAGCAUGAAAAAUUCAGUAGUCAUCUCCAACCCACAUGCAACUAUGAACCAACAAGGAAAUCCAGAAUCUCCUUCUGGCAGUGGCAUAUUGAGCAGUGGUGGUAGUAGUCCUCUUUAUUGUAAAAAUGCAGACACAAAUCAGUCUCCAUUAGCAUCUAGUCCCAGUUCAGCUCACUCGGCUCCUUCCAACAGCUUGACCUGGGGUACUAACCCCAGUAGUUCUUCUGCUGUCAGCAAGGAUGGGAUUGGAUACCAGUCUGUCAGCAGCCUGCACACCAGUUGUGAAUCCAUUGAUAUUUCUCUCAGCAGUGGAAGUGGGCUGAACCACAAUUCUUCCAGUGGCUUGAUUGCUGCUCCUAAGGAUGACUCAAUGCCUCCCUUUGUUAGAACCAACAGCAUUAAAACAAACUUGUCAGAAAGCCCUCUCUCUUCCCCUGCUGCUAGUCCCAAAUUCUGCAGAAAUACUUUACCCAGGCGGCAGGAGAGCGACCCACAUCUUGAUAGGAACACUUUGCCUAAGAAAGGACUCAGGUAUACACCAUCAUCACAACUUCGCAAUCAAGAGGAAGCAAAAGAAUGGCUGCGUUCACAUUCUGCUGGAGGUCUUCAGGACACUGUGGUCAAUUCUCCAUUUUCUUCUGGUUCCAGCAUCACAUCACCAUCUGGAACUAGAUUCAACUUUUCCCAGCUUGUGAGCCCCACCACAGCAGCCCAAAUGAGCUUAUCCAACCCAACCAUGCUGCGGACACACAGUCUUUCUAAUGCAGAUGGCCCUUAUGAUCCUUACAAUGACUCCCGGUUCCGGAACAGCUCAAUGUCACUGGAUGAAAAGAGCAGGACAAUGAGCCGUUCUGGGUCAUUCCGGGAUGGAUUUGAAGAGGUGCAUGGUUCAUCUCUAUCUUUGGUGUCAAGCACAUCAUCUAUUUACUCAACGCCUGAAGAAAAAUGUCAGUCAGAGAUUCGCAAGCUGAGGAGGGAGUUGGAUGCAUCGCAGGAGAAAGUUUCAGCUCUGACAACCCAAUUGACUGCCAAUGCUCACCUUGUGGCAGCAUUUGAGCAGAGCCUAGGAAACAUGACCAUAAGAUUGCAAAGCCUCACCAUGACUGCAGAACAGAAGGAUUCUGAAUUGAAUGAGUUAAGGAAAACAAUUGAAUUACUGAAAAAACAAAAUGCUGCUGCUCAGGCUGCCAUUAAUGGAGUAAUUAACACACCUGAGCUCACCUGCAAAGGAAGUGGUGGGACUGCCCAGACUACUGACUUGCGGAUCAGAAGACAACACUCUUCAGACAGCGUCUCUAGCAUUAACAGUGCUACUAGUCAUUCCAGUGUGGGAAGCAAUAUAGAGUGUGACUCAAAGAAAAAGAAGAGAAAAAACUGGUUACGCAGUUCUUUCAAGCAAGCUUUUGGAAAAAAGAAGUCCCCCAAAUCAGCGUCUUCUCACUCUGACAUUGAGGAGAUGACAGAUUACUCAUUGCCUUCUUCGCCAAAAUUACCACACAAUGGUACAGUGGUAUCUACGCCAUUACUUAGAACUUCACAUUCCAAUUCCUUAAUUUCAGAAUGCAUUGACAGUGAAGCUGAAACAGUUAUGCAGCUGCGAAAUGAGCUGAGAGACAAAGAGAUGAAGUUGACUGAUAUCCGUUUAGAGGCCCUCAGCUCUGCUCAUCAACUGGAUCAGCUCCGAGAAGCUAUGAACAGGAUGCAGAGUGAGAUUGAGAAAUUAAAAGCCGAAAAUGACCGAUUGAAAUCUGAAAAUCAAGGCACCUGUAGCAGGGCCCAAUCUCAAGUUUUCAUUUCAUCAUCUCCAAGGCAGUCUAUGGGUCUGUCACAGCACAGUCUGAACCUCACAGAGUCAGCUAGUCUUGAUAUGCUGCUGGAUGACCCCAGUGAUGGUUCUUCUCGGAAGGAAGGUGGCAGGCAUGUUAAAAUAGUUGUCAGCUUUCAGGAGGAAGAGAAAUGGAAAGAAGAUUCUAGGCCUCGCUUAUUCCUAAUUGGCUGCAUAGGAGUCAGUGGAAAAACCAAAUGGGAUGUUCUUGAUGGCGUUGUUAGAAGACUAUUUAAGGAAUACAUCAUUCAUGUUGAUCCUGUGAGUCAACUUGGGUUGAAUUCGGACAGUGUCCUGGGGUACAGCAUUGGGGAAAUUGUUCGCACAAAUAGCACUGAAACACCUGAGCUGCUACCCUGUGGCUAUUUGGUUGGUGAAAACAACACCAUCUCUGUGAAAAUCAAAGGUAUUGUAGAAAAUAGUUUGGAUGGUCUGGUGUUUGAAUCUCUAAUCCCAAAGCCAAUUCUACAACGUUACGUGUCACUCUUGAUAGAACAUCGGAGGAUCAUUUUAUCUGGUCCAAGCGGCACUGGAAAGACAUACUUAGCCAAUCGCCUGUCUGAAUAUAUGGUGCUUAGAGAGGGCAGGGAGCUGGCUGAUGGUGCUAUUGCAACCUUUAAUGUGGAUCACAAGUCCAGUAAAGAACUCCGGCAAUACCUAUCCAAUCUCGCAGACCAAUGUAGCAGUGAAAAUAAUGCAGUGGAGAUGCCUCUUGUAAUCAUCUUGGACAAUUUACAUCACGUCAGCUCUCUAGGAGAGAUCUUCAAUGGGCUUUUGAACUGCAAAUACCACAAAUGCCCUUACAUAAUUGGAACAAUGAACCAAGCAACUUCCUCAACACCUAACCUUCAGCUGCACCACAACUUUAGAUGGGUACUAUGUGCCAAUCACACUGAGCCAGUCAAGGGCUUUCUUGCCCGAUUCUUGAGAAGAAAACUCAUUGAAACAGAAAUUGGUGGCCGGAUAAGAAAUGCAGAAUUAAUUAAGAUUGUAGACUGGAUUCCCAAGGUUUGGCAACAUCUCAACAAGUUCUUGGAAGCUCACAGUUCUUCAGAUGUUACUAUCGGUCCACGCCUCUUUCUCUCUUGCCCUCUAGAUGUGGAUGGAUCAAGGGUUUGGUUUACUGACCUAUGGAACUAUUCCAUUGUUCCCUAUCUUCUUGAGGCUGUCAGAGAAGGGCUACAGUUGUACGGUAGAAGAGCACCCUGGGAGGACCCUGCCAAGUGGGUGAUGGAGACUUAUCCAUGGGCAGCUACCCCGCAGCAUCAUGAGUGGCCUCCUUUGCUGCAACUGCGUCCAGAAGAUGUUGGAUUUGAUGGUUAUUCUAUGCCACGGGAAGGUUCAACCAGCAAACAGGUUCCACCAAGUGAUGCAGAAGGAGACCCUCUGAUGAACAUGCUGAUGAGGUUGCAGGAGGCAGCUAAUUACUCAAGUCCACAGAGUUAUGACAGUGACUCCAACAGCAAUAGCCAUCACGAUGAUAUCCUUGACUCGUCCCUGGAGUCAACAUUAUGAAUAGAGCUAGAGAUGAUUGCUUCGAGUGGUCCAUCCUUUGCCUCCCUUAGAAAAAUGAAUCAUCAAGCCAUGGAGAGAAUUGACCUUGAUUCAGAAGGACAUCUCAGUAUUAGAGCUGCGAGAACAAUACAAUCUCUUCCACCCUCUCUGCCUCCCCAAUUCAGUGUCAAAGAUGGGUGCAGGCAACCCAACUGAUGUUUUAUAUCUUGUGUUUCGUUUUCCUUAAUAAGAACUGCACUAUUUUGUUUUUGUUUUGUAGUUUACAAUGCUGUGAGUUCACAUGCCUACGACACUGAACACGUUAUUUUCAUAAAAACAAUGGUGCUUAUCUAGUUGUGUCUGUCCAUUGACCAAACAACAUCUGCUUGUGAAGUGGAUUGGCAUUGUCUCUUGAUUUCCUAAACCUGCUCCAAUAUUUAAAGGGACAUCUGGCGUAAAUUUCAUUACAAGGGUGCAAGGGAGAUGAGCAGAGGAAAAUCUGAAGUGCAAGAGAAUUGUGUUUAAUUCACAUAAGAUGUACUCCAUUAAUCAUAACAACCUCUGGGGAGAGUGAGUUGGAGGCAAUAAAUGAAAAAAACCUUCACCAUGAAAGUUAUGAACUUAAGAAGCAUUGUGCCACAUUAGGUCCAAAAAAGGGAAUGGAUCUCAGUUAUGCUGCUUCUGUACAAACUCAUUAAUGGCUGAUUCUUCCAAGUCAUGAUUUUUUUUUCAGCCUAACCUCAAUAAUUCUGGUGCUGUAAUACUUGCUCGCCUUGGCAAUGACAUUCCAUAAAAGGCAAAGCGAUUAGAAAUAGGGAAGUUUAAAAUAUUCACAUAUAUAAUGCAAAGCAGAGUCCAAUUUGAGACCAUGGUCCCUUGUUUUGGUUAUUUCCUUUGUUUCUAUCGUUCCAAGCAUUGGGCUCGAUCCCUUGAGCACAGUAGCAGCACAUCUUCAUAAAACCACCUCUGAAGUUGCCAGUGUUAAUUAAAACAACAAUCAUGGAGUGUUUUAGCCAUGAUCCAAAGUAUGGGAACAACAUACAUAAGAAAAAACCAAAACAAGCUGCUAGAAUUUAUUUUCAUAUUUGCUUCAGAAUUCUCACUGUUGGAAGUGAUUAGUUUCUUCUUAAACCUGAAUAUCAACGUUUCUCUGCAACUAGAAGAUGUGCUUUGUAAAAAGUUAAAAAAACAAGGCUCCAGUCUGUUGGUUUUUGGAUUCACAACAAUUCAGUGGAUACCAGCCUCAAAUAUAUAACAUAGGGAUAUCAUUUCCUCAAAUCAUUCAUUUGGGUUUUGGGAUCAUUUCAUACCUAUACCAAAUGUUCAACAAAGCUCGGAAAACACAGUUGUCUGGAUUGAAAAGAUAAUUCCGUUCUUCCACUGUAUUGUACAUUUUCUUACUUUUUUUUAUCCCAAUAACCUCAUGUCCCAUAGCAAUCUGUUCCUGAAGUUCUAUUCCUCUAAAAUGGCGAGGGGGGGGCUUCAACCAUUUUGGCACCAGGGACCGGUUCGGUGGAGAGAGAUUUUUCUGUGGAUUGGAGGGGGUAUGGUUUCAUAUGCUGCCUUCAUCCCACGGAUAGGGCUUCGCUUGUUUUGCGUGGCCCAGUUUCUGACAUACCAUGGGCCAAUGCCGGUCCAGAGACCGGGGGUUGGGGACCCCUGCUAUAAAUAGCUUGCUGUGAGACAUGGGGAAGCUUCCAUUUUAUUGAAUAGUGUAAAGUCUCGGGGUUAAUGGUAUUGAGCUGUUCUAAUGAUUGGAAAUGGCAUCUGUUUUUACUUGUCCUAUCUGCACAAGGGGUACACGAAGAUCAACCUAAUGGCUACCCAUCUAGCAUGCUUAGCCCUCCUUAACCGACCUCCCUAAUGCUUUUUUUUUUAUCAGAAAUUAUCUCUGGAGGUCCUCCUUUCUGCACAAGGGGUACACGAAGAUCAACCUAAUGGCUACCCAUCUAGCAUGCUUAGCCCUCCUUAACCGACCUCCCUAAUGCUUUUUUUUUUAUCAGAAAUUAUCUCUGGAGGUCCUUUGUCAGCAUUGAAUGCAGAGGCAUUAGCAUGAAACCAGGGAGAAGCGAUAACUUGGAGAAAGCAGCUAGGAAGCAUGUCCUGCAUAUACAGCAUACAUAUUUGAAUGGAAAGUAUAACUCCUCUUAAAUUUGGUAUUAUGCUUUUCUAAGACUACAACAUUACAGUUUUCUAGGGUGUCACCCAGAACCAAGGCAAUCUUUGGUUUUCCCUCUUCCGGGAGGAAAAAGAGAAACUCAAAAUCUCCUUGCCCCACAACUUCUCUAAGGCCUGUGUAGGAAGCAGUUAUUAGAAAGAAUAGCCUGCACAAUGCUGAAGGUGGAGCAGACUUAACACACCAAGAGGGGCUGCAGAUCCAUUGUAUCCAAAGCCCUCCCAAGUUCCCAGGACCCCAAGUUUACAGCCUCAAAUUGGCUGUCAAUUUCCUGCAGUUCAGGAACCAGUUUGGAUUUAUUUCCUUGUAUUGGUUUCAGUCAAAACAGCUUUUAUAAAAUGAUAGUGGGAGAGCUGCCAGCAGAGGAGAAAGAGUAGAGAAAUGGCUCCUCUAAUUCAGGGGUCUCCAACCUUAGUAAUUUUAAGCCAGCUUUGCAGGCUGUGGAAUUCUGGGAGUUGAAGUCCGCCAGUCUUAAAGUUGCCAAGGUUGGAGACCCCUGGUCUAAUCUGAGCACUCAGCAAGGCUGAAAAUGGUGCCUUAGGUUCAAAUUUCAAAGCUCCCUGAAAAAGCAGGCCUCUUUUGCCAGUUCCUUAGGGUAGGGCAAGGCAUUAGUAUUUCUUGAGAAUCAACUUGUAUGAAGAUACAGAUGAAUAUCUUCAUGUCAGGGUCGUCACAUGUGAAUUUAUGGAUAAAUAAUUAACUUCAGCAAAACUUGGGACUGAACAUUGGUGAAUCUCUCACGAUAAUAAAGAGCCUCUUUUUUAAAAAAAAAAGAAAGAAAAGAAAAGAAAAAAUACUCGCAUUUUACUUAACCAAGUCUUAAGUAAAGGAAAGUUAUUUCCAUAAAGUUUUUUGGGGUUUUGGUUUUAAACCAAGAACCAAGCAGAGAAUAUGACUCUGAGCCCUCCAUAUUUUCUUCAUCUCAGAAGAAAACUUGGGGAGAGAGGUUUUAAAAAAACAGUUCGGUGCUUUUGCCAGACAGCAAGAAAGUUCACAAAAAUUUGGACACCAGCUGGUGUCAUUAAAAAAAAACACAAUAGCUGAUAUUAUCAGCUGACUCAGGCUAUACCUCCAACUAGAACUGAGGUUCUCAACAACACACACUCAUACACGCACACACACAAACACAUGCAAGCCUUUUCAGCUAUCUUUGGGUGCUGAUUUUUUAAAAGUGAUGCCUUACCAAGUUUCUACAGUUGUAUUUUAAUUCCAUUAGUGUUGGUUGUAGUUUGUGAUUUUUAAAUAAUUAGACAAAACAGGGCUAUAGAAGUCAUCUCUUGGAGUACAAUGAUGUGAGUUGCUGUGGGUAUUGUUUGAAAUGAGAUAUUUGAUAACCCUAGUUCCUAAAUGUAACAAAAAUCAAGGAAGAGAUGUAAAAAAAGAGGGAAACAGCUUUUUAAAGAUCUGUACAUCAACUUCUAAGCAGCAUUUUAUUGGAUGGUGUUUAUCCAAUCCAGGCAAAAGCAAACCCUUUUUGUGGCACUGAAUGGCAUCACAACUAAAAGAUAAUUAUUUUUUGGCUUUGUUUUAAAAUAUGCAGGUAGAAUAUUUGCUACAGUUUAUAGGAUUUGUAAGAUUAAUACGAUGCAACAGACACACAGUUUUGCUACCAUGCCAAAUUUACUGAGUGGGUAGCUUUUCUUAUACCUCAUGGUUUUCUGCUCUUGGUGAACUCAACCCAUUGUCCUUUGAGUUUGUUGUGACCUUGCUAUAUUACAUAAGUUUUUUCUUAGUAUAGCGAAAUAACAGUGGGCAUUAACUGUUGAAUCAUGGGCAAAUUCUUGAGUGUUUUUUUUUUCCAUAACAAAAUAGAAAAAAAGUAUAAUGCAAAUUCUAAUCUGAUUCCUGGAAAUAGACCAGAGUAAAUCCUAAUCCUAAAGUGAUCCGACCAUUAUAUUAGGUCUAUCUAGCUCUUCUGCUUUUUAAAGCAAAACUAUGAGAUGCAAACUUCCAAAUGCUUGAUUAAAUAUUCCAGGAUUGCAGGAAGAUGAUUUUUGUUCAUAUGGAGAGCAUUCUCUACUUAGCCUCUAAUUUGUAGAGUUGGAUUAGUCCAGAAUGAGCAUUCAAGCGUAAGACAUAUAUAUUUUAAAAUGGCUCAUAAUCUGAGCUUUAUUUUCCUCUGCUGCCCAUUAGAUAAGAAAUUGCCAUCUGUAGAAAUUAUUGAUGGCACUGGAGGCAGAUGACUUAUGUACAUUUCCUAAGAAGUCUUCCAACCUUGGCAACUUUAAGACUUGUGGACCUCAACUCCCAGAAUUCUCCAGCCAGCAAUGGGAGUUGAAGUCCACAAGUCUGAAAAGUUGCCAAGUUUGGAGACUCCUGCCCUAAGGGAUAGUGGAAGACUAAGGCAUGUCCUCACUUAAUUUGCUAAGGGACAUACCAAAAUUGAUGUGGCCAUCAGCUUUCCAGCUGCUAUGCUUUCUGUAAGCAGCUGUCACACAUUGCAUAUAAAUGUUCUGCGGAGCAUCUCCACAGGCUGUCAAUUUCCUGCUGGGGAAAGGAAUUGUAUCGCUAUUUGUUCCAAACAAAUCUGGUAUAGUUAAUUUAACAGGUUCCUUGUAUCUACAUCUAAGGUUAAGUGAAGCCUCGCAGGUGUUUUCAGUUACAAGUCAAUGAGAGCCUGCCUACAUGUCCAAUAAACACUCAGGAAGUCCAAUAAUCUGAUCCAAAAUGGCAACUGGCCUGUGGAAUAAACAAACAAUCCAGUUAACAUCAUUUGUAUGAUUGCCAGGAGAGUGAAAUAUAAAUCUGACUGUAUCGUAAUCUAGGGAAACAAAUAUUUAGAAUUUGUUCUUGCGUAAUUUUUCCUAGUUCCUGCUGCAAGCGAUUUCCAUAGAAAUGCAACGCGGGGAUACUUAUUCUUUGACAACAUGACUCCCUGAAAAUUUAUUGAACGUAUGCAAAACGUCUUUUCUAAGAAAUGGUUGCAUAUUAAUCAGGGUUCCUUGUGCAUAAAUGCUUUCUGCUGCAUCUCCUGGAGGCAAGAGUUCAGCUGAAUAUUUCAAAGGAAGGGAAGCUCUUUUUUUAAAAAAAGGGACUGAAAUGAUGGGAGAAAUGGUCUUGAAUUAAAGAUUUGCCUAUAUAGGGCUACCUCCAGUGGCACAAGAAAUGUUUGCUGGAAUUGUAAAGCUGACAAAAAUGACAUCUUAAGUUAUGACCCAGGUUGGCAGCGGAGAUGACUCAGAGCCUUGUUUAUUGACACCUUUAAUUGAGUCUUUCUGAAGUGCUGCCUGCUGUCCUAUUGCCAUAAAUAAGGAAGAAUUUGAACUUUUUCUUGCGGAGAUGACCGAGAAAUGAUUCACAUGGAAUCUUGCUUUAUUUUGUUAAGCUAUCACAAACUGUAAGUUCUAAAAACUUCGGGAAGCAGGGUUGCCUGUAACGCACAUUUUUUAAAACUAGUUCAGUUGAGGUGAAUGUCUACCUUUUCCUUUUAAAAUGACAACAUAUAUUUCAUCCAGAUUGCUUCCAGCUUUGCUUUGUCCCCAUCCCACCCUGUAUCCCAGUGCACAAAGCUGGCAGGAUUUCCUGUUGUUUUAGUACAAGACUAUGCAACAUUCCCAAUGAGUUAGAAAUUGGAACUUUCUUUUCUCUUUGCUACAGAACUGUCUAGAAUUGUGCACCUCAUAUGUCACAUAUUAGAUGCCAUUUUGAUUUUAAACUGAUGCAGAGACAGGGAGGGUUUGGCUAGCCUCCUCUUUUUGGUAUAUUUUUCCAAAAAAAAAAUCCAACCUAAAAUACUGUACUGUUAAUACUUUUUUUAUAUAUAUUGUGUCUUGAAAUUUGUCUAAAUGUGGCAAUUCUCUUUUAAGGAAAAUGAACGGGGAAAAAAUUGUGGCUAUUAAACGGAAGGUUGCUGUUUUGAUCUAGGUGUUUCCAGUGGCACCAUUUAUGAAAAAAGUUCUCUAAGAUGUACAUUUUUUUCAUUGUAACAUAGAAGUGUAAAUAAUUGAUUACAAGUGCUGCAUUUUGAUGAAUUUUUUCUAGCCAUUUUUAAAAGAGAAAAAACUAGGAAUUGAGUAUUUUGUGUACAGUAUGAUCCCUUUCCUGCACCCCUCUAUUUAAUUUUACAUUUUCAUUUAAGAUUGGGAUUUGCAACCGGCCUGUUUUGGAUCAUGCCAUCCUUUGGUUUCCUUUUUCUCCCCUUUCCCUCCUCCCCCUGUGUCAUGGAGAAUAAAGCUAAUGAUUGUACCAGUCUUAAAUUAUUCAUGAUUCAAUAAAUUUGAUGCUUAUUUA